GUUUAUGCUGUUGGGUCUUGUUCAACUGCAAGAGAUAGAGGUGAAAAACUGUGCAUUAAUAGAAGAAAUCAUCAAAAAGGGAGAGGAAAAGGGUGAAGUGAGUGAUAAAAUUAUAAUCCCUCAAUUAAACUUUGUCAUGCUUGAGUCCUUGCCUAACUUGAAAAGCUUCUUUUUUGGAAGUAAUAUUUUGGAAUGUCCUCCCUUGAAAACUAUUAUCAUUAAGGACUGUCAAAAGAUCCAAAUGAAGGAGUUCAGUAUUCAUCUUACAUCAAUUUUCACUGAAAAGGUUGAAUUACCCACCAUGGGAUCAUCUUCUUGCUUCCAGAAUUUAACAAUCUUGGUCAUCGAUGGCUUUGAUCAAUUAAAAUAUUUAUUCCCAUCGUAUACAUUGAAAAAUUUUUUCAAACUGAAGGAGCUUGAGAUAUCUAAUUGUAUGUUCAUGGAAAGAGUAAUUGAUGCAGAUGAAGGGAGAACAAGAAUGAUGCUGUUUCCUAAAUUAUACCAGCUGAAGCUUAGAGAUCUUUCAAAACUCACAACAUUCUGCAACUCCACUGUAAAUUUUGUUGAAAUGCCCUCCUUAUUCAGACUGUGUAUUGACAAUUGCCCGAGUAAUCAAACAUUCAUCUUCAGUUCUAUAUGUGUUGACAUGACAUCAUCAAGCAAACAACCUAAAGGAAUGAGCGCAAAUGAGAACUCUACUCAGUUGCAAUCUCUUUUUGAUAAGAAGAUAAGACUCCCUAGUUUGGAGCAAUUGCAAAUCAGCUAUGCUGAUCGAUUGGUAAAUUAUGGAACGAUGAGGUCUCUUUGGAUUCCUUCUGCAAAUUAAAUUGUGUGUUUGUACGCUUUUGUAAAAGACUUGUUAGUAUUUUUCCAUCUAACAUGCUUGGGAGUCACCAAAAACUAGAUACAUUGGAAGUACAAAACUGUGAUUCAGUUGAAGAGAUAUUUGGAGUACUUGAGAAAAGCUCUGGCACGGUGGAGGAAAUUGUUCCCAAGGAGAAAGCAAUCCCUAGGUUUGUGUUUUCUAAAUUAACCAGGUUGAAUUUACAGAUGCUACCAAGUCUCAAAAGUUUUUUCCCGAAGAUACUUAUUUCAGAAUGGCCAGAUUUAGAAGUGUUGAAGGUGCAUGGAUGUAAUAACGUGAAGAUCUUUGCUUCAGAAUUAUUGAGCAUCCCAGGGAGUCAUGGAUACAGUCAACAAGCACUGUUUUUUUGUUUACCAGGAUGCAUUCCCUAGCUUGGAAGAACUAGAAUUAUGUGAAAUGCCUGAGCUAUCGCAUGUGUGGAAAGGAAAGUUUCAGCCUUGCAAUGCUUUUCAAAAUCUCAAGACUCUGAAAGUGUCAGAAUGUGGCAGUUUAGAAAAUUCAUGGUCCUCAUCGGUGCCUUUCCAGAAUUUAGAAACUCUGCAGGUAUCAAAGUGUGAUGGAUUGAGAUAUUUACUAACCCCCUCAAAAGCCAAAACUCUGGAUCGACUUACAAGAAUGAAUUUAUCUGAUUGCAAAAUGAUGGAGGAAAUUAUAACACAUUUGGGAGGUGAAGUAAUAGAGAAUUCAAUCAUUUUCAGCAAAUUGGAUCAUUUGGAACUUCACUGUUUGGCCAGCCUUAAAAGCUUCUGUUGUGGGGAUUAUACUCUGGAAUUCCUAUCCUUGAAAAAAGUAGUAGUCAGAAAGUGCUUGGAGAUGGAGACUUUUUGUCGUGGAGUUUUAAGCACACCAAAGCUCCAAAGACUACAGUUUACAGAAGGAGAAGAUAAAGUUGAAGAAUGUUGGGAAGGCAACCUUAAUUCCACCAUACAAUAUUUAUUCAAAAAAAUGAACGUGCGGCGCUCCAAAGAAGAUUGAGGUCAUUCCUUCAACUAGUUUGUGAUAGAUCACGGCUCUAUUUCCUCCAGGUGAAAAGGGACUUUGUUACUGCCAUCUUUUUAGCUGAUUUUAUCCUCACAUUUUGUUGGAGGUGAAGUGCCCUCUGUUUACACAUUUGUCCAUUUGUUGUUUUAUGUAUUUUAAUUUCCCGAGUUGCUAAGACACUUUGGGCGGACCAGAUUGUUGUCUUGUUAAUUUGUGUGCUGAAGAAUUAUGUCAUCAAUUGAAGACCUUGUAUCCUUGUAAAAGCAAUCAAAACAGAGCGAGCCCUUGUAUCAAUUUAUGAAGAGGGCAAUAACACAAUGUCACAUUCAGCUAAA